AUGUCUUCAAAUUAUCCGAUGAAUGACAGUACACUUAUAAAUCAAACAUUCUCAAAUGCUUACAGCAUACCGCGAUCGUAUAGAUCAAGAAACACGAAUGAAGAGGUUACAGAUGGUAUUGACGAUUACAUGACCCCAUCAUCAUCUUCUUCUUCUUCAUCUUCUUCCAAACCUUCCACAUCACCAUCUUCACGUACUUUGGAGACCUCUCCAGAGCUAUUGCAGAAUAUAAACAAACCAACAUCGGCAAAUACAUACCAACGGCUCCCCGUUUCACUCUCAAGUUUCAUAUUUCCCGAUAUGAGAGCAUUAUACUCUCUUGAUUUGGAUUCUUACAUGGACUUGACUUAUAAAGAAAUACAAUUAUUUGGUUAUGAAAUAUAUAUAGUGGAACAGUGGACGUCCGAGAGAAAAUUAUCUACAAUUAUAACAUCAUUGACAGGUAAUAGACAGGAUAUAGUCACUGCGGUAAGAGUGGUUCUUCCGAGUGAUCCGAAGUUAUGGCCUGGUAGAUUUAAACAAUAUUAUGAGGAAUUAAUGAAAUUUUCGCAACCUAAAGUUAUGCCACAGGGUACGUUAUUUUUAACUAAUAUAUCCUCCAUGGAAUCGAGUUUAAAUUUAUUACAUGUGGAGUGUGGUGAUUUGAGAAUUGUCUGGCCUGUAUUUGAAAUUAAUUAUGAUUUGAAAACUUUACACUGUGCCGGAAGAUCUGCUUUAUUAUUAUGCUAUCCAUCAAAUGCAUCAGAGGAGAAAUUCUCUCAAUUAUACAAGAUUCCCAUACCGAAAAGGAGUGGACCAUUAGGCAUAUUAUCCAAGGAGAAUAAUUUAUUGAAGAAUGAACAUGGAAAUGAGUUCACUGCGGCGGAUCUAAAAAAUAAUAUGCAACAACAGGUUGGUAUUGUACAUGGACUCAGGCCACCCGCUUUACAGGAUGUAAAGAGGGGUUCGUAUCCAGUCAUUGAAUUAAUUACUUUGAUUCAAAUUUCAUUGAAUUAUUUUAAACUACGUGGUAAAAACAUAGUAAAAGAUGGGUUACUUUGCAAUGGAACAAAAAGAGCUAUUGGGGAAUGGUGGGAUAAUUAUGGGAAAUUAUAUUUAGGUGUCGAAAAACCAAGAAAUGAGGCUACAUUAGGACCCACUACGGUGGCAGCUUUGAUUAGUUUAGUUUUAAGUUGUUACUUUAAGCUAAUAGUGGAGAAUUGCAUAAAUUCUGGCGAUCCCUACGAUGAAAAUGAAUUUCUUACUGGGAUACAUAAUUUUCAGAAGAAGUAUGAUCUUUUACUUCAUCCUGGUCGUCCUUAUUUGGACCAUCGUACGUUAGAAAAAUUGUUCGAAAUGUCAGCUAAAUUUUCCAAUAGAACUGACAUUUUUAAAUUCAAAAAGUUGGUUAAAUCAAGGAUGCAAGAUAUUGUAGGUAAAGGUAAUCCAAUUUACCUAUCAAAUGAAAUUUUAACGACAGAUAUUGGAACUCUAAUUAAUAACAUACAUGGUGGGUCUCUUGGUUUAUUAUUUAAGGGGAAAGGGAGAUGUGGAAAGGAUGUAAAUUUAUCACCUACCGUAGAUUUUACAGUGUUUAAAUUUCAGCAUGGCAAUCCAUCAAGACAAUUAGAACAACAUCAGAGAGAUUAUAAAGAGUUUAAACAGAAGAAAAAGGAACAAUUGUCCAAAAAACGUGUCCUGCAGUUUGAUGACCGUAUUGAUGAAACAAUGGAUGAUACAUAUACUGUUGAUCAGAAUACUGAAACUGCCGAUGGUAAUUUGGGUGCAAAAGAUGUUCUUUCCAAAUUUGAUGCAAGGCUUCGUAGAGUGCCUCUGUCCUCUGCUACAAUUUCCUCGAUGUUUUGUAAUUAUGAUAGGUCCAAAUACCUCCAAAGUGCUUGUAUCAAUGAACUAUAUCAAAAAGAAUAUUACCGGAGAAACUCGUUACCUUUAAUUAAUGAUCAUUUGAAUGAUUCCGUGAAUGUGGAACAAAUUAAUGCCACAAGUAAUACAACCAAAUAUAAAACGCCGUUAUUCCGUUGUAACUCCUCCUCUAGAAUUCAGAAUGUUAUUGAAAAGUGGGAGAUACCGUUUGACCCCUCUGCUGUAAGGAUGGCAAGAGAUAUUGUUAAAAUUGAAAACAGAUUACAUUCUCAAAAAACGGAAGAAGAGAAAGAAGUCGCAAUUGAAAAAGUUGGUGAAUACUUAGAAUUCGAUGAUGCGACAACUUCCCUUCAACAAAUUUAUCAGAAAUAUGUUGAAGGUGCUAAAAGCUUCCAAACAAAAUCUAAUGAUCUUGAAAAUAAACAACAAAUGCUAUUAAGGGAAAUGCACGAACUUAAUUCUUUGACCAUGAAAUUAAAAUAUGAUAUAAGAAUUUUAGAGUUGAGAGUUCGUGAUGUUGAAGACAGUGUAAAUCAGUUUGAUUCCAAAUUGAAAACAAUGAAAUCGUUUGUUGUAAAGGAGUCGGGUACAAAAGAAUCAUCAAAUUUAAGAGAGGAUGAUAAAGUUAUAUUCCAGCAUUGUGUCAAUAAUCUGUUGAAUACCAAUACAACAAACUAUCAAGGAUCCUGGUUAAGUGUUUUAAGCAAAAGAUUUUUCUGGGAAGUAAAACAGGACAUGCUUGAGUGGUAUGAGUGGCUUUUCAAAAAUGGCAUAUAUCAGGAAAGUCUGAAGCAAGAAAAGAGGAUAUGA